AUGAGAAAGUCAAUCUUAUCUACCUUUUUGUUGCAUCUUGCUCCUCUGGUGCUCUCAGCAGUAGAUCCGGGCUAUGACUGUCGUCCAGGUCAGAAAUGCUGGCCCACGGAAAGCGAAUGGCGAAAAUUCAACGCAAGCCUGGACGGCAACCUCUUCGAAACUACUCCGAUCGCAGCACCCUGCUACCCAAACUCACCACACUACGACAAGGCAGCCUGUGAAGAAGUUGAAGCUUAUUACGGCAACAGCACUGCCCGCGGUACACAUUUUGGCCAAACAUACUGGCUGAAUUGGGAAACAUGUCACAGCUCCGGCUGCGCGUUGCUCGAGACAGACCCUUCACAGAGGAUCUACGAGACAUGCUCCAUUGGAAGCCUCGCGUCUUUCUAUGUUGAAGUCCAUAACCCGACGCAUAUUUCCACCGCACUGAAGUUCGCCAAGGACCAUAACAUCCGCAUCAGUGUGAAGAAUACCGGACAUGAUUACUAUGGCCGAUCAUCAAUCCCAAAUACCCUAUCAAUUUGGACUCACAAUCUCGACACAAUGGACUUCCAUGCCAACUUCAAAGCACAUAACUGCCCCUCUUCGAAUGGCCAAAAUGUCGGCGAGUUGGGCGCAGGAGUCAUAGCAGGUGAUGCAUACCGUUACUUUCACACUCAAGGCAUGGACAUCACCGGUGGAUUCGAGCAGUCGGUCGGAAUCGCGGGUGGCUUUGCACAAGGCGGGGGCGUGGGUUCUUUCACAACAACCUACGGAUUGAUGGCGGACAAUGCAGUCGAAUUCGAAGUAGUGACUGCGGAUGGUGAGGUGCGGAUAAUCAAUGCCUGCAACGACCCAGAGCUGUUCUGGGCCAUGCGUGGUGGAGGAGGAGGCACUUACGCGAUCCUCACCAAGUAUCGGGUUCAAGUUUAUCCCUCUGUACCGAUCCACACAUACACCUUCAUUGCGAACUUCACCGGGGUGGGAUACUACGAAAACGCGACUGAAAAUGUUGCCCUCCGAGAAAUCAUGACCGUGCACGCCCAAAGCCAGUUGAAUUGGUCAGCGCAGUUGGUCACUGGACAGGUGGAAUACUUUCCCGAGAAGUUUGCUGUCGGCCUAGUUCUUCCCUAUGGGGAUGAUGGAUCGAAACUGCGAGCGGCUACGGGAGCGUUCGCUGCAUAUUUGCACAAUAGGACGGAUCUUGCUGUUGAGCAAGACAAUUAUACUUCGUAUUUGAGCUAUGCCGAUUUCCUAUCUGUUACCGCCGCUAGAGCCAAAGUGACGGAGCCAGCUGGAAUAUUCUCUCUUUUGGCGACGCGGCUUAUUCCUCGGAGUGUGUUUGAAGAGGACAAGAGUAUCGAUGAUCUAGUCGAUGGCGUGCUGCAAGGGAUCGCGACGUCCAGGAGCUUGCUCAAUCUCACCGGAACGCAAAUCGUCUCUGAGACACCUUUGACAAAUCUCGACAAUAACCAGCUAUCAUCUGCUCACCCUGCCUGGCGCAAUGCUAUUUGGCAUGUUAUUCACGCUGGGGAGUGGUUGGAGCCGCUGGACAAAGAUGAACAUCUGCGCACGACGACGGGAUUCUUGGACAUGUUGGAGCCACUGAAGAAAUUGAGCCCCGGUGGUGGUGCGUACCUUAAUGAGGCGCACUAUUUGGAGCCUCAAUGGCAAGAGACCUACUUUGGUUCCUUUUAUGACAGGCUAUUGAAGGUUAAAAAUGAUUAUGAUCCAACUCAUAUAUUCGAUUGCUAUAAGUGUAUCGGAUGGAGAGGGGAUAAAGAGUAA